AAUGUAUUCCUGCUUUCCUAAGCUACGUGUCUUUGCCUCCUCAAGCCGCCGUCCCGCAAUCAGUCAUGGAUCAGGUAAUGCAGUUUGUUGAGCCAAGUCGGCAGUUCGUAAAGGACUCAAUUCGGCUGGUUAAAAGAUGCACCAAACCCGACAGAAAAGAAUUCCAGAAGAUUGCCAUGGCCACAGCCAUAGGAUUUGCUAUCAUGGGAUUCAUUGGCUUCUUUGUGAAACUGAUCCAUAUCCCUAUUAAUAACAUUAUUGUGGGUGGCUGAAUGCUUUCUCUUCGCGGGAACUAGGAGCA